AAGUAGAUCACAACUUUCAUAUAAAUAAAGUAUUGAUAUUGUUACAAAAAGUUGUGUUCAGUGUUAUGGAUUUAAUCAAAAGAAAUUUAAUACGUUUUAAUUUUUUUUGUACAAUGUACAGAUGAAGAAACAGCAAAUAACAUUCAAAUAUUCAGUUAUUUUGUGUACAUAGUUUUGAUACAAGUUCAUAUUCGUUUGAGGUUAUAUUGAUAAUCAGAAUGAAGAGUGCAUGUAGUAAUUUCUUAAUAGCAAAAUAUUUUCGUACGUGUACUAAUUUGUAUCGAGAAACACCACGAAAUUUAAAAGGAAAGAAACAUAGUUCGCAAUUAUGGCUUACAAGGCAGCUGAAAGAUCCUUAUGUAGAAAAAGCGAAGAAAGAAAACUACAGGUGCAGAAGUGCAUUUAAAUUAUUAGAAAUCAAUGAAAGGUUUAAGAUUUUGAAACCUGGACAAAUUGUAAUCGAUUGUGGUGCUGCUCCUGGUAGCUGGACCCAGGUUGCUAUUAAAUUAACGAAUGCAAAUGGUGUAAAUAAUGAAGCUGUUGGAACAGUGAUUGGAAUAGACAAAAUACCAAUGUAUCCAAUCGAAGGUGCAACUUUAUUGGGUAAUAUGGACUUUACAACAGAAGCUUCACAGAAAGAGCUCCUAAAACUAUUAAAAGAUAGAAAAGCUGAUGUAGUUUUAUCAGAUAUGGCUCCAAAUGCAUCUGGUGUAAGGGAUAUAGAUCAUGUAAAUAUAAUAAAACUUGCAUAUCUUGCUUUCAAGUUUGCUUUACAAACCACAUGCAUAGAUGGAACGUUUGUUUGUAAAAUUUGGGAUGGUGGACAGUCUCAGCAAUUAGAACAAGAUCUUUUAAAAUUUUAUAAACAUGUUAGAAAUGUAAGGCCACAAGCAACUAGAGAUGAUUCUACUGAAAAGUUCCUUUUAGCAACAGGAUUUAAAGGAGUAAAAACUCUGUCCAAUAAUGCAGCGUGAUGGUUAAGUUAUGUAAAUUUCAAAUUGUUUAAUAAAUAAACUCAUUUGUAAUAUAAUCGGUUAUUAUAAUUGGGUUAGGUUGUAAAUAAUAACAAAUCACAAUAUUUUGAUGUAAGAUCAACAUCAAAUGAUUUUAUAACUUCUUCCUUUUGCGAUCUAACAGCUCCUACACAACACGACAUGUAUAAUAUACAUCGAUAUAUUUAGUUAUAAAUAAUACAAUAAUAUUUAAUACAGUUACAAUUAAUACACAUUAAGAUGCUGUUGAUGCUUCUUAAUUAUACUAUUAUAUAUACAAUUCUUCUUAACAAAAUUAAUAUGUACACAAAUUAACAUUCAGAUACAUGAGAGAGAUUACACACCACAUUGAAGCAUACAUAGAAUGAUAAAAUUACUGGCCAUGAUAUUAUAAUUUUCAAUUUCUUAAAAUUGAUUGUACGUGUAAAUCCCACGUAAAGAAAAAUUCGAUAAAAAUCAUGUGUUUUGAUGAUUCCAAUGAUUUAUAAUUUAUAUUGUAUGCAUUCUAUCGCGUAUCCUCAUAUAACAUUAUUGUACAUGUAAAAUGGGAAAAAAACAAUUGUAACAAUGAUUGGGUAGCUUAACAAUAUUGAUGAUCGCUUUUGACUGUUCCGAAUACUAUGGCCAGAAUGUUGAUAUAGAAUCAUGACCAAAUUGCACACUGAAAACAUUCAUAUUACAUAGAUACUUGUUUUCACUAUAAAAUGUGUUCAGAGAUUCCCAAACUAUGGAUCCAGAGAUUUCCACCAGUGGAUUGUAUCGAAUACUAACAUGUAAGAAAUAUAAAAACAACAGUAUUUUAUUUAA